GCAGUCUAAUAAACCGAAACAAAAACGAAAUCAGUCUAACGGUUUUAUUUUUACUUUAGAAGCCAAAAGUACCGAUGGAUCAAAUCCCUUUCAAACACAGAGACUGCCAACUGGCUAGAAUACAGAAGUUUCUCUGCCAUGACCGUUUCGACAGACUUUGUUUGACCUCCAAAUUAUAUCCACGAAGGGAGGCAAUGUAUAGCAUUGCUCAUGCGCAAGCAGCAGACGACACGGCCACGUUCGCCCAGGCCGUGAAUCUGUCCUAUAACGAGGUCCAGGUUGGCCAAGCGUUUGGACCAUUGUGGUCCAAGCACUGGUUUCGACUCCACGUCAAGAUACCUGAAACCUGGUCGGGAGAGGAAGUGAGGCUGGUGUGGAAUUCUGGGUCGGAAUGCCAAGUAUGGGUGGAGGGGAAGCCACUGCAGGGUUUAAGUUGUAUGAAGAAGAGAUAUUACUAUACCAUUACGCCAUGUGUCGAAGUAGGAGCCCUUGAGCACACCAUCUACAUCGAGAUGUCCGUCAAUGGCAUUUUCAACGAUUUUAACGAAGCACCUCCUGAUUUCAAAGCAACUUUGACUACAGCCGAAAUCCGCGUAUUUGAUAGACAUGUAUUCAACGUGUCCAUGGAUUUGCAAGUGUUGUACGAAUUGGCAAAGGAUCUCCCAAGUGAUAGCUGUAUGUCUGAGCAUGCGCUGCAUGCUGCUAAUGACGUCAUCAAUGCGUGUGUCCUUGGAACUAGAGACUCCUACGAAGUGGCACGAUCACAGGCAAGUCAUGUGCUGGCUAUGGCAAAUGGAGCGGCAAGUCAUCAUAUUCACGCAGUGGGAUAUGCUAAUAUUGAUUCAGCAUGGUUAUGGCCAUGCCGGAAGACCCCGAUGAAGUGUGUCAGCAGUUGGUCGACAGCGUUCAAUCUGAUGGAGAAGUAUCCCUUCAAGAUGGCAUUUACUCAGCCUCAGCAGUUACAGUGGGUUGGAGAAAAGUACCCGGACUUUUACAACAGGGUGAAGUAUUUCAUCAGCACCGGCCAGCUCCUUCCAGUAGGCGCUACCUGGAUAGAAAUGGAUGCAAACCUGCCGAAUGGAGAGUGCCUAUUGCGACAGUUUCUUUAUGGCCAAAGGUUCCUUCAACACGAGUUUGGGAAAAGAUGUACAGACUUGUGGCUACUGGACAGCUUCGGCUAUUCGGCCCAGCUGCCUCAGAUCAUGAAGCACUGUGACGUCACGAGAUUUGUUACCAUCAAACUCAGCUGGAACUCCGUCAACAAAUUCCCGCACAACACAUUCUGGUGGGAGGGUCUAGGUGGACACCGGGUGUUGGCGCACUUUCCUCCUGGCACCAACUACCACAAGGAAGUGACAGUGGAAGAGGUGUUGCAAGUUGAGCGGGAGUUUUCCGAAUCUGGCAGGUCAAAUUCAAGUCUGUUCCUGUUCGGACACGGGAAUGCUGGGAUUGGUCCAAGCGAAGAAAUGUUGGAAAAACUGCAGAGGAUGAAAAACCUGAAUGGACUCCCCGGGAUCCAACUGAGCACCCCUGAGACUUUCUACGAGUCCGUGGAAAAGGACCCUACAAGACUGUGCACCUGGGUUGGGGAACUAUACUUGGAGAGACACCAGGGCACCUAUACCUCUCAGGCUCAAGUGAAGAAGCGCAACAGAAGAGCUGAGUUUCUCCUUCGAGAGAUGGACUUUUGGACGUCUAUAGCUGCAGCCACAUCCACAAAGGGAAACUAUCGUCACCCCGGAAACGAGAUGCGCCGGAUAUGGAAACUCCUGAUGCUGAACCAGUUCCAUGACGUACUUCCGGGUACAUGUCAUCCAGAGGUGUACAAGGAUUUCCACGCUCAUCAUGACGAAAUAGAGCAAGUGGCUGGAUCCCUUUGCCAGACAGCACUUACCUAUAUAUUGAAGGGCUGGGAUUCAUUGAGACAGAAACAGGUGCACCUGUACUCGGAGCUCAAUGGCUGUGUGCAGGAACCGGAUAAAACCUGCAACGGGAACUCUCAUCUGAGGGAAACAAAUGGUCUAUCACAGGCAAACGGCUCACCAGAAUCUCCCGAGACGGAGGAAACGAAUGGUGCAACUCCUGGGUGUGGUGGCAUUACCAUUGUUAAUUCGUUGUCAUGGUCCCGGAAAGAAGUAGUGAAGGUACCGGCAGACUGUUCAACUGGGAAGAAUCUACAGACAGAUCACCAUGGCAACAGCUUUGGUCUUGUACAAGCGCCAGGUUGUGGACUAUGCAGUCUACAGUUGUGCGAGGUUUCACGUCCUGCCGCUGCAAUGCUGGGGAAGGAUGGCCUCAUCCACUUGCGUAACGAUCUCGUGUCCGCAACUGUAGACACACAUGGCCGACUAGUGGGUCUGUGGAAGCCGGGGAGUGGAAAAAACUACCUGAAAGGUUAUCACCAUGGUAACCAACUAGUGAUGCACGACGAUUUCCCCCUAUAUCGAGAUGCUUGGGAUACGCUUGAUUUCAACCUGCAGACAAGACGGAGUGUUAACGAUGUCGUGAAACCAGCCACCCUGGUGGAGAAUGGACCGGUUCGAGUUGUGGUGGAGGUAAGCGUAAAGGUCAUUACAGCACGAUGCAAGUUACGAGUAACUCGUCAUGAUGUCGUGAAACCAGCCACCCUGGUGGAGAAUGGACCGGUUCGAGUUGUGGUGGAGGUAAGCGUAAAGGUCAUUACAGCUCGAUGCAAGUUACGAGUAACUCGUCAUGAUGUCGUGAAACCAGCCACCCUGGUGGAGAAUGGACCGGUUCGAGUUGUGGUGGAGGUGUGUGUGCGGGUCAGUGAGACGAGUCACGUGACGCAGUCCAUCAUUCUGGACACUGAGUCUCCCUACAUCAAAUUUCACACCCAGGUGAGCUGGCAUGAGUGCCACAAGUUCCUGAAGGUGGAGUUCCCCACCAGCAUGACGUCAUCGCAGGCAACCUACGAGAUCCAGUUUGGCUACCUUCAGAGACCCACCCACUACAACACGUCCUGGGACUCAGCCAAGUACGAGGUCUGUGGACACAAAUGGGCUGACAUCUCUGAACAUGGUCGUGGGGUGGCGCUUCUCAAUGACUGCAAAUAUGGCUAUUCGUGUGUAGGUGGAACUCUCCGGCUCUCGCUAUUGAGGUCGCCUACAGCUCCUGACACCAAAUGUGAUAUUGGGGACCAUGAGUUUACUUAUGCAGUUAUGCCUUAUACAGGUACAUUUCAAGAUGCCGGAGUCAUCCAAGAGGCCUACAAUCUGAACUCCCCUCUAAUCCUGCGUCCUAGCCUCGCUUUGACUCUACCACCAGAUGGAAUCAGCUACUUCCGGUUGGAUACAAACCAGGUUGUCCUCGAAACCGUGAAAGUAUCCGAAGAGGAUCCACGAAGUCUGAUUCUGAGGUUGUAUGAAUCGUUCGGCGGAAGUGUGUCGGCCACACUGAGUACCUUGCUCCCAGUUUGGAGUGUCUCCAGGUGUAACGGACUAGAGGAGAUGCUCGACGAUGAGCAGGAUGUUCAGUUCACCCCUGGUCACACUGCGACAAUACGCAUAUCUCUGGAUCCAUUCCAGAUACUGUCGCUGAUAGCUCGCUUCUGAAAAAGAAGCCGGUGCUAACUCGCUAGCAAAUGUAUCAUUUGAUGAGUCAGGCUUAAUGGAGAACUUUCUACCCAUACUUGUUGUCAGAACUGGUACAGGAGGAUUGGCUCACUGCCAAGGAUCAAAUCACCCGCCUUCGGAUUAUCACAUUUUCCCUUCAGAGGAUAAGGACUCCCCUCAUGUUAAAACUCCUCUGAAUAAAACAUUCCAUUUGUACUUUCUACAUACAAUAUUGACGAUUAGUAGCGCCCUACUCUUUUUAUCCCCCGCAACGCGUUUUGCGGGGAUAUGAUUUUGGAUCCUGUCCGUCCGUGCAAAUUCUUCUUUUUCGGAGCAGAACUUAAAACCGUUCAAUGUUUCUUCACCAAACUUGGCACAUGGAUAGGUCUGGUGGUGAA